CUGUUGCGGCCGGACAGCGGUGCCUCAUUCACGCACAAACCCGCACGCGUUUAACGAUAUAAACCUGCGCGGACAGAUCAGACGCAGGUGGUGGGAAUGUAACCGGAAACGCGUGGAAAGACGUGAAGAGCUCGAGUUUGUGCUGAAUAAAGGCGGGAAAAUAAAAAGCGGAAACGGAACGAGUUUAAUCAUGAAGGACUAAAUCAUCAUUUACACCAGAACCUGAACCACUAGAGCAUCACGCGCGCGCCAUGGCUGUCGGAGAGAUGAAGCUCCUGAAGCUGCUUCUGCUGCUCUGUGUCCUCGUUCUGUGUCUGGAUGAAGGCCUCGGCAAAGAAAAAUCAGCUAAGAAGGGCAAGAAGAAAGGAAAGCAGGUCUACUGCCCGUCGCAGCUCUCCUCAGAAGACCUCGCCCGGGUUCCUGCUAACUCCACGAGUAACAUCCUAAACCGGCUCCUGAUCAGCUACGACCCGAGAAUCCGCCCGAACUUCAAGGGAACACCUGUGGAGGAUCGUGUCAACAUCUUCAUCAACAGCUUUGGGUCCAUUCAGGAAACCACCAUGGAUUAUCGCGUGAACAUUUUCCUGCGUCAGCGCUGGAACGAUCCGCGUCUCCGGCUUCCUCAGGACUUUAAAUCAGAGUCUCUGACCGUCGACCCGAAGAUGUUUAAGUGUCUGUGGAAACCCGAUCUGUUCUUCGCCAACGAGAAGAGCGCCAACUUCCACGACGUCACGCAGGAGAACAUCCUGCUCUUCAUCUUCCGGAACGGGGACGUCCUCAUCAGCAUGAGGUUAUCAGUGACUCUCUCGUGUCCUCUCGACCUGACGCUUUUCCCCAUGGACACUCAGAGAUGCAAGAUGCAACUAGAGAGCUUUGGCUACACCACAGAUGACCUGCAGUUUAUGUGGCAGUCUGGAGAUCCAGUACAGAUGGAGGAAAUCGCUCUGCCUCAGUUCGAUAUCAGACAGGAGGACAUCGAGUACGGAAACUGCACCAAAUUUUACGCAGGAACCGGUUACUACACGUGUGUGGAGGUGAUCUUCACCCUCAGGAGGCAGGUGGGCUUCUACAUGAUGGGCGUGUACGCUCCUACGCUGCUCAUCGUCGUGCUCUCCUGGCUCUCCUUCUGGAUCAAUCCGGAUGCCAGCGCUGCCCGGGUUCCUCUGGGGAUCCUGUCGGUUCUCUCGCUGUCCUCAGAGUGCACUUCUCUGGCCUCGGAGCUGCCCAAGGUAUCGUACGUGAAGGCGAUUGAUAUCUGGCUGAUCGCAUGUUUGCUGUUUGGCUUCGCGUCACUGGUGGAGUACGCCGUGGUGCAGGUGAUGCUCAACAGCCCCAAACGCCUCGAGGCCGAGAAGGCGAAGAUUGCGAGCCGAGAGAAAGCGGAGAAUAGAGUGGCAACUAAAUUGAACAGUCUGAACGGAGCCGGAGGAACACCGUUACACAUCAGCACUCUACAGGUGACAGAGACGCGCUGUAAGAAGGUUUGCACGUCGAAGUCAGAUCUGCGUUCGAGUGACUUCAGCAUCGUCGGUUCUCUGCCGCGGGACUUCGAGCUCUCGAACUUUGACUGCUACGGGAAGCCGAUCAGCGUGGGAAACACGGCGGGAAAAACGCAGGCAAAGAACAACAAGAAACCUCCUCCGGCCAAACCGGUCAUCCCCUCCGCCGCCAAACGCAUCGACCUGUACGCACGCGCCCUCUUCCCCUUCACCUUCCUCUUCUUCAACAUCAUCUACUGGUCUGUUUACCUGUGACCCUCCACCAUCACUCCAUCACUGCAUUACUCUGUCACUUCAUCACUACAUCACUCCAUCACUUCAUCCCUCCAUCACUCCAUCUCUCCAUCACUUCAUCCCCCAUCACUCCAUCCCCAUCACUCCAUCCCCAUCACUCCAUCAGUCUAUCACUCCAUCACUCCAUCCCCAUCACUCCGUCAGUCUAUCACUCCAUCACUCCAUCAGUCUAUCACUCCAUCACUCCAUCCCCAUCACUCCAUCAGUCUAUCACUCCAUCACUCCAUCCCCAUCACUCCAUCAGUCUAUCACUCCAUCACUCCAUCCCCAUCACUGCAUCAGUCUAUCACUCCAUCACUCCAUCCCCAUCACUCCAUCAGUCUAUCACUCCAUCACUCCAUCCCCAUCACUCCAUCAGUCUAUCACUCCAUCACUCCAUCAGUCUAUCACUCCAUCACUCCAUCCCCAUCACUCCAUCCCCAUCACUCCAUCAGUCUAUCACUCCAUCACUCCAUCCCCAUCACUCCAUCAGUCUAUCACUCCAUCACUCCAUCCCCAUCACUCCAUCAGUCUAUCACUCCAUCGCUCCAUCCCCAUCACUCCAUCAGUCUAUCACUCCAUCACUCCAUCCCCAUCACUCCAUCAGUCUAUCACUCCAUCGCUCCAUCCCCAUCACUCCAUCAGUCUAUCACUCCAUCGCUCCAUCCCCAUCACUCCAUCAGUCUAUCACUCCAUCUGCCACCCGUCUCCAUCCGUCUGUCUCGAUCCUCAGGCAUCAAACAGAACAGUUCCACACACACACACACUCACACACACACACACACACACACACACUCUCGUGUACAGAGAUGAUAUGAAACAAGAGCGCUUAGGGAAGAUUACACUAAUAUUAUAAUCACUAUUUUAGAGUUGUUUUAAUGUAAAUACACAAAGAUGAUUUUAUUUCUCAUAGACUAAAUUUUAUUUAUUUAUUUAUGUAUUUAUUUUCUUUAUUAUGAUUCAUUUAUGCUAAUCUAUUUAACGUCUACACAGUUAUUAUGGAAAAGCAAUUAUUAUCGUGCAUGUGUUAAAUGUAUGAUAUAAAUAUUAAUAUAAUGAUAUCUUUCUGCUUCUGAUGAUUAUUUUUGGAUCUCCGCAUCAGAUGAUGAUGACGAUGAUGAUGAUUAUAAUGAUGAUGAUGAUGAUGAUGAUGAUGAUGAUGAUGAGCUUGUUGGUCUUGUACAGAAGAACACUGCCAUACUGAACUGUAUCGUUUGAUGAUCUUUCCGGCAUAUUCAUGUUCCUCCUGUGAUUGUGAAAAUUUACCCAUCAAUAAAACUAACAGGACCAACGGCUGUA